AUGGGAUUUGAUAUGGACACCUUCGCUGCUCGCUUGGCCAGUUUCGACACUGUGCUCAAACCUGAACGAAGAUCCUCGACCACGAAAGGCUCUAAAACGAUCGCAUGGCCUCACAAGAAACCUUCACCGGCUGAAUUGGCGCAUGCCGGUUUCUACUACAAGCCAUAUGAGACUAACCCGGAUAACACAACAUGUUUCGAAUGCAACAGAGCACUGGAUGGAUGGGAAGAGGAAGACAACCCAAUUACUGAGCACCUAAAGCACUCACCAGACUGCGGCUGGGCGAUCACAGUCGAUAUUGGGCAACGUAGCUCCAACCCCGCUACCAUCGAAGACCCGACCAGCGAGCGAAUCACCCAGGCACGACAGGCAACCUUUGGGUCUGCUUGGCCCCAUGAUGGAAAAAGGGGAUGGGUUUGCCAGUCGGAAAAGAUGGUCGAGGGCGGAUGGUAUUUUUGUCCGACAGAUGAGAGCAAGGAUUUGGCCAGUUGUGCGUACUGUAAGCUGUCAUUGGAUGGUUGGGAGCCCAAGGAUAACCCAUUUGAUGAACACUUCCGCCGUUCCUCGGACUGCUCCUUCUUUGUAUUUGCUCAACCCCCAGCGAAAAAAGGCAAAGGAAAAAAGCCCCGCACUUCGAAGGCAUCUUCUCGCCUUUCCACCCAAUCUGUUAAUUCUGUCACAUCCGAAGCUCUGGAUGUAGAGAUAGACGAGUCAAUGGACGAGAGCAUCAUGUCUCAGGCCUCUACCAAGCCAAAGGCUACCAAGGCCAAGAAGGGAACCAAGAGCAAGAGAGGGGCCAAGAACAAAAAGGAGAAUAUUGAGUUGGAAGAUCAGAUGGAUGUUGACAGCAUUGAUCUCGAGCAGCCAGAACCCCCGAUGCUCAUAAAUGAAAGUCGGGGUAAAAAAAGGGCUAGUGAAGAAAUGAGCAACUAUGAGAUCGAGCUGGCCUCGGAAGAAGCAGAACCUCCAAAGAAGCGCCGAGGACGAGCCGCAAGCACUCAAAGCAAUCGUAUUUCCCAUGCAUACGAGCAAUCCCAAGAUUAUGAUAUGUCAGAAGUCGUGGAAGAAGAACCCCGGGAAGAACAACCCAAGGAAGAACGACCCAAGAAGAGUCGCAAGGAAUCAAAGAAGCGUUCUGCUUCCAAGGACCGAAAGGCUUCUGAUGUAUCUAUCGCAGCAAAGGCCUCAUCAAAGGCUCAUAUGCCACGCGACUCGGAAAUAGAUGCAGCUAUUGCGGCUGGUCUUGAAGAAGGUGUUCCCGAGGCAGUCGAGCAAGAAGCCGAGCCAACCCCACCACGGGCUUCAAAGAAAAUGAAGACUAGCAAAAAGUCCAAGUCUAUCGCCAAGUCUCCCGAGCCGAAGCUUGAACUGGAGCCGCAAAUAGAGACGAUUGCUGAGCCUGAACAGAAUGAAGAACAGCAAAUAGACACCCCCGCCGAGUCACCUGCUGGCGUGGAAGAAAUCGACGAGCCAGUUCCAAAAACAAAGAAGUCUUCCAAGAAGAAGGACUCCAAAAAGAGCAAGAGGGAAGAGCCGAAGUCGAAGAAGUCGAAGAAAUCAAAACAAGCGUCACUAGAGAUUGAACCCGACAGAGCUGAUGAGAUUCAUGAAUCCUUAGUGGCUGUUGAAAUUUUCAAUCAGCCAUCUGGACCUCAUGAGGAAUCGAUGAUGGAACCUGAAGAGCGACCUGUGACGAAGAAACCCAAGAAAGAGGAUAAGCCAAAGAAGUCCAAGAAAUCCAAGAAGGUGGAGCCUUCGCUUUCACCAGUACCAGUCCAGAAAUCAGAUCCAAUCGAAGAACCAAUGGAAGAGCCGGUUGAAGAGUUGAUGUUGAUUGAAGAGCCUGAGCCGACUGAAGAGCCUAAGAUAUUUGAGGAUGACUACAGAUCUCCAUCUGAAGAGGAUGACGAGUUUGACACUGCGAAUGAUAUUCCCGAGCAGGUCGAGGUUUUGGCACAGUCCCCAGAUCCAGAACCACAACUUAAACAGAACACUUCUGUGCCACCCAAAACAUCGAAGCGAUAUAGUGAUAUUCCCCAAGAGGAGCACUUCGCCGAUUCGUUUGUGGCCCCUCAAAGAACUUCCUGGUCGCCCAACAGAGCUGUGUCGCCAUUGCCAGCGAGCAAGGGCACACCCUCGCUGUCGCCACAGUCGUCUGAUGCAGAGAACAAGCCUCCCUCCAAUCACACAUCGGCAUCCCGACCACCCGCGGUAUUUACGCCCAAGCAGCCCAAGAAUUAUGCUUCAUUGACAGUUAGCACCCCUUCACCAUCGAAGCGAAGCUUCAAUGAGGGAUUCUCAGCAGCAAGUCAUGCCUGGACACCUGUGGAUAUUGAUGAAGUCCUGUUUGGGGAAGCUAGUGAUAAAGAGAACGGCGACCUGAGCGGCCUUUUCAAAGGCGCCAAGGGCGGUCUGUCCAGCCCGGAGAAGAAGAUGUCAAUUGAGGAGUGGAUUAAGUGGAAUGCAAAGAAUGGUGAGGAGCGACUGAAGCGAGAAUGCGAGCGGCUCGUCAACCAAUUCGAGAGGGAGGGCGGGCGGGCCAUGCAACGGCUCGAGGCGAUCGAGUGCGUUGAGUGA